AUGGCCGCGGGGACGACAGUGGUGAUGGCGGCAGGGGCGAUGGCGGGGGGCCCGGUGCUGAACGGAGCCGAGGCGGGCAGCGUGGCCGGGCUCCAGGAGGCCGCCGGCAUGUACGAGCAGCUGCGCGCCGAGUGGAACCGAAAGAACCUCAACCUCCACAAGUGCGGGGACCUGCUGGGCCGCCUCAAGUUAGCCCUGCUUGAACUCAACUUCCUUCCCACCACAGGCUCAAAACUAACUAAACAGCAGCUUAUCUUGGCAAGAGACAUCCUUGAAAUUGGGGCUCAGUGGAGUAUCCUGAAGAAAGACAUCCCCUCUUUUGAGAGAUACAUGGCCCAGCUCAAGUGCUACUAUUUUGAUUACAAAGACGAGUUACCAGAGUCAGCCUACAAACACCAGCUCUUGGGUUUGAACCUCCUGUUCCUGCUGUCCCAGAACCGCGUUGCUGAGUUCCACACAGAGCUCGAAAGGCUCCCAGCAAAGGAUAUCCAGACCAAUGUCUACAUCAAGCACCCUGUGUCUUUAGAGCAGUACCUGAUGGAAGGCAGUUACAACAAAGUGUUCCUCGCUAAAGGCAACAUCCCGGCAGAGAGCUACGCUUUCUUCAUUGACAUCUUACUGGACACUGUCAGGGACGAGAUUGCCAGCUGCAUUGAGAAGGCUUAUGAGAAGAUUCUGUUCAAUGAAGCCACUCGUAUGCUCUUCUUCACCCCCAAAAAGAUGACUGACUAUGCCAAGAAGCGUGGCUGGGUCCUGGGCCCAAACAACCACUACUGUUUCACGGGUCAGCAGCAGAAACCCGAAGACGCCACCAUCCCUUCAACGGAGCUAGCCAAACAAGUUAUCGAAUACGCUCGGCAGCUGGAGAUGAUCGUCUAGCGCAUGGCUGCUGCUGCGGGCCAGCACUGUGGGCUGUUCCUUUCCCUAUUUUCUCCAAUUCCCAUCCAGCUGGGUGAUCCCUUUACUUUUAUGGAUAGAAUGGGUGGGAGUAUGAAUGUCUAUUUGUCCUGGAAUGCCAGAGUAAAUGUAAGCUGGUCUCAUCUGUGUGUCAUCCAGAGUUGCAUUGUUUCUUGGGGGUCAGAUUGGGCAUCUGAAAGGGAAGAGGCAGUCUGUGGCCAUUUCUGACCUGACAAGGAUGGAAAUUCCCUUGUUGUGUACCAACCUGUUCUUUGCUAAAGUCCAGAACCAAUUGCAGGAACUUUUGGUUGCAUAGGAAAGAGACUAUUCUCUGCUUUCUGGUCAGUGUGGCUUCAAAAAUCCUCUCAGAUUUAUGUUCAUGCUUCUGUUUUGGCUUGUUCUUUUAUUUUGUACAUCACUACCACCUGUUUGGUGUGUCACUUAAAGGGAUGGCUAUAGGAGAAACAAAUAAAACACAAUUUCUACGACAAAUAUAA